AUGGUGGACGUCGAUGGGGUGUCGCGUCAGCAGGUGGACGACGUGUACGGGGUGGUGGAGGAGUACGAUCAGCAGCAGCUCAUGCAGCAGCAGCAGCAGCCGGAGGAGGAGAAGCUGUCGGCGGAGCAGCAGCUGCUGGUGCAGCUCGCGAGCGAUCACUCGCUGUGCGCCUCGCGCAGGGAACUGCGGAAGAGCGACAAUUCGUCGAUGGGACUCUACCACGACUACCAGGGCGAGAAGAAGGCGAAGGAGCAGCAGCUGCCGCCGCCGCCGCCGCCGCCGCCGGUCGGCGCCGGCCACGCGGAGACGCGUGCGAGCAAGAAGGCGCGGUACGACUUCUACUGCGAAAAGUGCGACGUCGUCUGCUUCACCGCCGAGAAGCUGCACGAGCACCUGGCCGGCCGCAAACACCAGACCUUCGUCCGACCGCCCGAGGCCGGCGCGCCGCACAACAGCAACAGCAGCAACAACGCCGCCAACCACGCGCAACAACGCCACGGCAACAGCGACGGCCACAGCCACCACAGCAACAACCGGCGACACUCGUCAUCGUCGUGGUCGGAGCGGGAGCGGGACCGCGACCGUAGCAAUCAUCGGUUCAACCACCACGACAACCACCACCACCACAUGGGCAGAGAGCCGUACGGCGGCGGCGGCGGCAACCGCGACCGAGACGAGCGGGACAACAGAGGCGCCCGAAAGCGAGGACGAAACGAUGACGACGACGGUUACUAUGGCGGCGGUGGAGGGCAGUCCUGGGCGCCGCAUCACAACCAACACCACCAGCCGGUGCCACUGCUGCCGCACAACACAGCUGCCGGCUACCAUCACCCGCCGCCGGCGCCGGCGCCGCUCUUCCGGUGUCAGCUGUGCGAAGGGUUCGGACACACGGCCAAGGAGUGCCCCUCCCUCGCCCGCGCCGCGCAGCCGCCCGCCUAUGUCCACCACCAGGCACCGGUGCCGCCGCCUUACGCUGCUGCUACUGCCCCUUCACCCUACGCAUCCGCCUACGUCGCAUCGCCAGCUGCCUCGCCCGCCUACGCCCCUGCCUCCACGGCCUCUUCGCCCUACACGGCCUCUUCGCCCUACACGACCUCGUACGGUGGCUACGCACCGGUGGCGUCGGCCCCGCUCUACGCCGCUCCCCCUCCACCCUACGCCGCACCCGUGGCACAGCCGAUGCAUCCUCAUCAUCAUCAAGGCUAUGGCGCGGCCACCCCUGUGUACGGCGGCAGUGGUGGUGGUGGUCACGUGGCCUACGCCCCGCAGUCGCCCUACGUUGGCCGACCUGCGGCCCCAGCCACCGGGUUCGGGACCACCGCGCCCGCGCCCUUCGGACCACCACCGCGGCCGAUCCCACCACUGCCUUCCUCCGCCCGCACCUUCCGCCCCAGAAACAGUUGA